UUUUGACACUCUCAAAUGUCUGUGUUAUGAGACGUAUUUUGUACGGUAUCUCGGCUCAGCAUUGCUGUUUGCUGGGCUGAUCGGGCUGGCUACAUAACCUUUGUACCUGUCAGUGAAGUGAGAACACCACAACUUCAGUUCGGCUGAUUUCAAAAAGAAAAAGCGCUGCCCGCUAGUGAGCUUAAGCUAGCUGACACAAGAUGUUUCCAGCUAGCAGAUAUUCAAGUAAAGCCCACAGGUGUAUCAGGGCACUGAGGACAGUACAGACAGAGCAUGCCCCUCAGCUGUAUACAACACUAAACAGGCGGACAUGCUCUUCAGUCCCAGCACCCCGCAUCACAACACAUUACACCAUCCAUCCUCGAGAUAAAGAUCCAAGAUGGGAAGGGAUGGAAAUGGAGAGAUUUGCUGAUGAGGCAGAUGUAGUGAUAGUUGGUGGGGGGCCUGCCGGUCUUUCAGCAGCCAUCCGCCUUAAGCAGCUAGCCAACGAACAUGAGAAGGAGCUGCGAGUGUGUGUUGUGGAGAAGGCCUCUCAGAUUGGAGCACACACCCUGUCAGGAGCCUGUCUGGAGCCGAGUGCCCUCACUGAGCUCUUUCCUGAUUGGAAGGAACGAGGGGCACCCCUGAAUACUCCGGUGACUGAAGAUGUGUUCAACAUUUUAACAGAGAAACACAGAAUUCCUGUCCCCAUGUUGCCAGGUCUGCCCAUGAGGAAUCAUGGCAACUACAUUGUGAGGCUGGGGAACCUUGUGCGCUGGUUGGGGGAGCAGGCUGAGGAGCUUGGAGUGGAGCUAUAUCCUGGUUAUGCUGCAGCUGAGGUUUUGUUUCAUGAAGAUGGAAGUGUAAAGGGCAUCGCUACCAAUGAUGUAGGCAUCGCUAAGGAUGGCUCACCGAAGGACAUUUUUGAGAGAGGAAUGGAGCUCCAUGCUAAAGUCACACUGUUUGGAGAGGGCUGUCAUGGCCACUUGGCCAAGCAGCUUUACAAGCACUUCAACCUGCGUGAGAACUGUGAACCACAGACUUAUGCCAUUGGCCUGAAGGAGCUGUGGAUGAUUGAUGAGAAGAAGUGGAGACCUGGCAGAGUGGAGCAUUCUGUGGGCUGGCCCCUGAACAGGAACACAUAUGGAGGAUCGUUCCUUUAUCACCUGAAUGAAGGGGAGCCUUUAGUGGCUUUGGGCUUUGUGGUUGGUCUCGACUACACCAACCCUUACCUGAGCCCCUUCAGGGAGUUCCAGCGUUGGAAACAUCAUCCCUUCGUAGCUCCCACGCUGGAGGGAGGCCACAGGAUUGCAUAUGGGGCCAGGGCACUGAAUGAAGGAGGAUUACAGUCUGUCCCAAAGCUGACUUUCCCUGGAGGGCUGCUAAUUGGCUGCAGCCCUGGUUUCAUGAACGUCCCAAAGAUCAAAGGCACCCACACAGCUAUGAAGAGUGGCAUGCUGGCAGCUGAGGCCAUUUUCCCCAAAGUCACAGCAGAGAGUUUGGAUUCAGAAACUACAGGACUCCAUGUACCUGAGUAUGCUGAGAGCUUGAAGAGUUCCUGGGUAUGGAAAGAGUUGUAUGCAGUAAGAAACAUCAGGCCGUCCUUCCACAAUUACUUUGGCCUCUACGGUGGAAUGGUCUACACUGGGAUUUUCUACUGGAUCCUUAGAGGAAAAGAGCCAUGGACUCUGAAACAUUGUGGCCUUGAUGCAAACCAGCUGAAACCAGCUAAAGAUUGCACACCGAUUGAAUAUCCCAAGCCUGACGGCAAGAUAAGCUUUGACCUGCUCUCAUCUGUGGCCCUGAGCGGCACCAACCACGAGGGGGACCAGCCCCCCCACCUGACCCUCAAGGAUGACAGCACCCCAGUCGCCAGGAACUUGGCCAUAUACGAUGGGCCUGAACAACGCUUCUGCCCUGCAGGUGUGUACGAGUAUGUUCCCAUGGAAACAGGAGAGGGGAUGAGAUUGCAGAUAAACGCUCAAAACUGUGUCCACUGCAAGACCUGUGAUAUCAAGGACCCGAGCCAAAAUAUCAACUGGGUUGUGCCUGAGGGCGGUGGAGGACCAGCCUACAAUGGAAUGUAAAUGUCUUGUUCUUCCUUUGUUUUUUGUUUUUUACAUUGUCUUGGAAAAGAAAAAAAACUGUAAAGUAUGAAACAUUCAGGGUCACAGUACUGUACUUGCCAGCAAAUGUGCCUAAGUAUGGAUCUGAAAAUAACUACAUAACUGCUUUUGAGAGUAUGAAAAAUCUGAAACAAACAAGGACAUUAGAAAUGAAACUGCUAUCUGAGAAAUGCAUUUUUAAUUUAUACAGUUUAAAUUAUAGCACAGGAGUUAUGAAACCCAAGCAAAAUACAGGACCACACUGCCAUAAAACCCAUAGUAUAUGUAUUUAAAACUGUGGUUAUUGUGUGUUUUGAAAGAACUUUACCAGCUGUAAUAAUUAAUAUAUUUCUCUCACACCCUCUGUAAUUGAACAAGCAAACAAGCUUCUUAAGUUAGGUUUAUUUCAGCAUUAUUGCAGGUUUACUGACAGCAUUUGAUGUGCACAGCAUUGUACAUAGCAUGAGGUGGUGGUAUUAGAGUAAUGAAUAAAGAACACUUGACUUA